AAAUAUGGCGUCACCAUAGCUUUUACAGGCAAUAGCGAAAGUGUUGUUUUACUAAUCUCCUUGUACAUUUGCCUAAAUAUUGAACAUUUUCAACAUAUUUCAACGUUUUCCCUCCAGUCGUCUGUCAUGGCUGGCGUUAUGGAAACAGAACAGGCAAGAAAUCGUUUCCAAUUGGAGUUGGAGUUUGUUCAGUGCCUCGCUAACCCAAAUUACCUGAACUUUCUGGCUCAAAGAGGUUACUUGAGAGAGAAGCCUUUUGUGAAUUACCUUAAAUAUCUACUUUACUGGAAAGAACCAGAAUACGCAAAAUUCCUGAAAUACCCUCAUUGCCUGCACAUGUUAGAGCUGUUGCAGUAUGAGCACUUCCGGAAAGAGCUGGUGAAUGCACAGUGUGCUAAGUUCAUAGAUGAACAGCAGAUCCUGCACUGGCAGCAUUACUCGCGAAAGCGCACACGGCUACAGCAGGCUCUUGCAGAGCAGCAGCAGCAACAGCAGCCCCAGCCUCCAUCCCACGGCAACGUCACCUCCAAAUGAGGCAGUCAGUGUGAUCUUAUUUCACGGAGGCAUUUUUGUAAAUAGUCAUUUUCAAGUGGGCUUUUUCAUGUUUUGGACUAUCAGACUGCUGUCCGUAGGCCCAUAAUGUUAUGUCUGUUUAUGAACUAUUGGCGAGAAAGGUAAAAGAAGGAAAGAGGAAUGUGAUUAGAUUGCUUUGGAGCAAUAUGUCUUACUUUCUGUAAGGUUGAUGGAUUGGUUUGAAUGUUUGCUUUGAUUAAAUGAUCUCGCCCAGUAAAACAUUGAUUAUAUUCUAAUAAAGUAUUUAUCAAUUGUUAUCAGACACACUGGCAAAUUAUAAUGCUAAAGCAGCAAUGUAUUUAAAUCUUCAUUGAGAUCAAAAUUUGUUUGUUUCUUUUUCUGAUUAACAAUUUUUUAUUGAUUCACAUAUUAAACACAGAAAAACAAAACAUAUAUACACAGAAUCAACAAUUAACCCCCACUAUUACCCAUCCCAAUCCUCAACCCCACCCUGGCCCCCAACAACAUCCCAGUGGUCAUACAGGAUUAUAGACACACAAAAAAAUAAAAAAAUCAUACAUCCAGAAAUGGCAGCUAUCUGCCCCAUUUCCCCACAAACAAGUCAGAUUUCCCCAGUCUUCUAAAUUACCCUUCUUCAAAGGCCGCCACCCUCCCCAUCUCCGAGCACCACUCCUGAAAUGAGUGCGCUCCAGCCGACCUCCAUCCCCUUAAAAUAUCUGUCUGGCGAUCAUGACGCUGGUUAGGACCCAACUCUUUAUAUGUCUAUUCUCUACAUCGAUGACCUCCCCUUCGCCCAAAAUACAGAGUCUGGGGCAAAAUUAAACCCGAGUGCCCAAUACGUCACACACAAAACUCUGAACCUUCAACCAAAACUCGUGGAUCUUAACACACCACCAAAAGACAUGGUUUAUGUCUCCAUCCUCUGAUUGGCAUCGCCAGCAGGUGGGUGUGUCUUUAAGACCAAGCCUAUACAAUCUAGAGGGGGCCCAAUAGAAUCGAUGUAAAAUCUUGAAUUGCAUAAGACACACCCUUGCAUUUCUAGAUGCAGACUUGACGUUUUUUUAGAAUCCUAGCCCACUCUCCCUCCAAUACCAAGUUUAAAUCUUUCUCCCAUAAUCUCUUGACAGAACUUAAAGCUCUGUCCCCCAGACUCUGAAUUAGCAGGGAGUAAUACACUGAUGCCUCAUGACCUUUUCCAAAAGCAGUAAUCACCCCUCCCAGAGUGUCUGCCGCUCUAGGGGGUGUAUGCUACUCCCAAAAAUAGUACAGAGCAGAUGGCGCAGCUGUAAAUACCUAAAGAACUGAGAUCAGGAAAUCCCAAAAUGUUGAACUAAAUUUUCAAAGGAUCUCAACAUUCCGCUCUCAUAUAGGUCACCAAGUGUAGUAACCCCCCUCACAAUCUACUCUGACCAGCAGAAAGGGGACUUAUUAAUACAUAAUUUUGGGUUCAGCCAUAUGCUUGAGGCAACAGUUAAAUAAAUGUAAGAAUUAAACUAUCUGGACACUUUUGUCCAUACCGAGUGCAAAUGCGAGAUAACGGGGUGUAAUUUAACUUCUCCGGUUAGUUUGAUAGAAAGGCUUUGUAAUGGCAAAAUAGGGGUAAGAACUUCCUGUUCAAUACAAAACCAGGGAGGGGCUCUCUCAGGUGGAAGUGACCAAUGAGCCAAAUGUCAGAGACCGAAUGCAUAAUUAUAAAACAAAAUCUUGGGUAGGCCUAGCCAACCUUUGUCAAUCAGCCUAUGCAGCUUACUGAAAUGUAAUCUGGGAUGUUUUCCAUUCCAAAUGAAGGACUUCGCUAUGCUAUCAAAGUGCUUGAAAUAAGAGAGGGGGAUAUCUAAAGGGAGAGACUGUAGGAGGUACUUGAAUUUUGGAAUACAAUUCAUUUUAAAAAACAUUAACCUUCCCAAUCAUUGAUAAAUGUAAUGAAGUCCACCUGCCCACAUCGCUCGAAAACCUUUUUAUUAAAGGGUCAAAAUUAACUAAAUAAAUCACACAAAUUUGCUGGGAAUAAAAUACCCAAAUACUUAAUUAUAUAUAUUACCAUGUCCUGUUACAUGUUUUACCAUAUAU